AAACCAGGACUAAACCAGGACUAAACCAGGACUAAACCAGGACUGAACCAGGACUAAACCAGGACUAAACCAGGACUAAACCAGGACUAAACCAGGUCUAAACCAGGACUGAACCAGGACUAAACCAGGUCUAAACCAGGACUGAACCAGGUCUAAACCAGGUUUAUUAAACAGUGUGUAUUUGUCUUGUUUAGUUUAAUCAGGUGAUCAUGAGGAUUCGGUCUCCCAGAUCCACGGCGAUGAUCUCAGGAAGAGGACACCUGAGCUGCACCGGAGCACACAGUUUGGAUGACGCGCACACCGCCGCUCGGAGAUUCGCGCGGAUCGUUCAAAAGCUGGGAUUCCCUGUCACCUUCUCCAAGUACAAGGUGCACAACGUCUUGGCGGUCUCCCAGACGUUCCCCGUCCGACUGGAUCGUCUUUACGAGGAGCUCCGAGGAUGUUCCAGUUAUGAGCCGGAGCUGUUCCCUGGCCUCUACUUUCACUGUGAAAAAGUCAGGAUCUGUGUCUUCAACAACGGGAAGAUGAAUUUCACCGGGAGCUCAGACCUGACUGCAUACACCAGAGCGUUCCAGAGGUUGUACCCGGCUCUGUGCAAGGCCAGGCGGGACAAUUAAUUGAUAAUUAAUCAUUUGAUUUAAUUGAAGUCUUGAAAUGAGCAAUGCAGGUCCA